GUGGACGGGCCCAUUAGUGAAUUUAAUUAAUCUCUUAGUUAUUUGUCAAAAAGAAAUGAGAUAUUUCAUUAUAAAAACUGAAAUAUUGGUAAUGAGACGGAUGAGUAUUUCAUUAAGUUUAUUGCUACUUUUAAUCAUUUUAAUUUUAAUGUGAGUUUUUGGUACAAUUGGGAUGGAGUGGGAUGGAGGCCCAAAUGCAAAUAAAAGGGCUAGGCUUGAGCCCAAUUAGGCCUGUGGCGGUGAAGAUUAAUAUUGUGUGGAGCAUUUUCUCGAACGCUUGGGGCACUAUUUCUCUGUCAAAGUUUGGUGCAUCAUGUCCAAGCCUCCACUGAAUCCCAGGUACAGGCUCUUCUUCACGAACGACUGCAUAAAUCAGCAGUGCAGCUCACUCUCCCACCUCCAACGCCGAUGGAUGACUUCCAGCAAGAGGGUCCAGGACCGCAGCAGGUUCAAGCGAGUUCACGACCUCGAAAUCGCGGCGGAAAAGCACAAGGUAAUGUCCAAGAUCCUGCAUUUGUUCGAGAUCCUCAAAGGGGAGCCCGAAAACAUCGUACCCUUAAGAAGUCUCGACAAGCAUCGCAAGCAGAUCAAUCUCCCCAAACCCAACAAAUUCUCGGAUUUCCUCCGGAAAGCCCCGAAGGUGUUCGAGAUGUACAAAGACAGCAGGGGCAUAAUUUGGUGUGGGAUGACGCCGAAAGCCGAGGAGCUGGUGAGAGAGGAAGAGGAAAUCAUCGAGAAAAAUGGAGCUCAAGCCGCCGAGUAUGUGACUAGGAUGUUGAUGAUGGCGGCGGAUAAGCGGCUGCGCCUCGACAAGGUCGCGCAUUUUAGGCGGGAUUUAGGGUUUCCGAUGGAUUUUAGGAAAAAUUGGGUCCAUAACUAUCCCGAGAAUUUCAAGGUCGUUCAGCCAUUUAAGCCUUUUGAUGACACUGAAUAUUUGGAGCUCGUGUCUUGGAACCCUAAAUGGGCGAUCACCGAGCUGGAGAAGACGGUUUUAGGCGUAAUUGAAGGGCAGGAUUGUAGUAAUCAUGUCCCCGGAUUGCUAGCGUUGCCUUUUCCAUUGAAAUUUCCUGUUACUUACAAGAAACUAUAUCGCGAUGGCGGGAAAAUUGCGCAUUUUCAGAAAAGGGAGUAUUUAUCCCCUUAUGCAGAUGGUACUGGUUUGCAAGCAGGGUCUCUCGAGUUUGAUAAGAGGGCGGUGGCGAUUAUGCACGAGUUGCUUAGCUUUAGCAUUGAGAAAAGAUUAGUAACUGAUUAUUUCACACAUUUUAGGAGGGAGUUCAACAUGCCGCAGAAGUUGAUGAGGCUUCUGCUGAAGCAUUGUGGGAUCUUUUAUGUUUCUGAUAGGGGAAGGAGGUUUAGUGCCUUCUUAAAUGAGGCCUAUGACCGCUCAGAGUUGAUUCAGAAACAUCCGUUGGUUGUUUGGAGAGAGAAGGUUUUGAGUCAAGUUGGUUUUAGAGGGAAGAAGAAGAGAAUUGAAACUUCUGCAGAUAUCUCGGACUUGGAUGACAAGGCUUUGGUUGGGAGUGAUUCCGAAGAUGAUGACCACAUGGAGCUGCAGCUUGGCCCCGAUGAGACGAUGCAUUCUUUGGAGGAUGCUUCCAAUGUGGAUGGAUCCGAAAUGGAUGUUGAGGGGGUUCGCGGCGAAUACAAUGAUUGACUAUGGUUACUGAAGAUGCUUGGAUUCUUCAGAAGUCUUUAGCUAAAAGGAGAUUUUGCUAUGAUAGGCAUCAAGGCAGUCGAGAAAUGGCUGCCUGCAUCAUGGUAUACGAGUCUACACCCUCCCUGCAUGUGAAGACUUCGUUAGCUGAAGAUAAUUGAUGUCAUACAAAACCAGUUCAAACUCUGUAAUCCAUAUCCAAAUCUGCCUAGAUGUUGGGGCAGAAUGUCAUUCAGCAAGGAAUCAAGCUUUCAUGGGGAGAAAUGAAGGUCCACUUGUACUGGGUCAUCCCAUGUGACUAGCUUCAGCCGAGUCGGCACAAGACCUCGUGCAGCAAUGGAAAUGCCACGGCAGAUUGAAGAAAAAGGUUCAAUUUUUCUUCAGACCUCUCUUUGCAUGACUAAUUGUUACUGAAAAGAAUGCCACAUUUGGCAUUGGUUUUUUAGAUUAUUGGAUUCAUGUGACAAUCCGAGUCAUGUGGAAGUCAACAUGAAUUUGAAUUGAUUAUACAUGUUUGUAUACUUGUUAAGAUCUGGGAUUAUUUAUUAAAUCAGCAUAUUUGAAGCUAAA